AUGAGCUGUACGCAAAAAAGGAUGGAAGACUCCCUGAGUGAAAGAAAAGAAGCGGACGAGUUGAAGUGCUCGAGCUUAAAGCCUUUUCGGAGUGUGAGAGCAUUGCUGUGCGGUUGUUUCUUCAUUUCUCAGCUUCGAUCUUCUUCUAAUAGGGACAUAGCGCUAGUGUUCCUCAAGCAGCUUGCUGAACUGAGGCGAUUGCCUGUGGAGGGAUUCUCAGCUGGACUUGUCAAUGAUGAUGACAUUUAUAAAUGGGAGGUCCUUGUCAUCGGUCCUCCCGAUACUCUUUACGAAGGCGGAUUCUUCAAGGCAAUUCUAGAUUUCCCCAAAGACUAUCCUCAAAAGCCUCCAAAAAUGAAGUUUGUAUCCGAGAUUUGGCAUCCGAAUAUUGAUAAGGAUGGUCAUGUUUGCAUCUCUAUUCUUCAUGAUCCUGGAGACGACAAGUGGGGUUAUGAACGACCAGAGGAGCGUUGGCUACCCGUUCAUACAGUUGAAACUAUCUUGCUAUCAGUUAUCUCUAUGCUUGCUGACCCCAACUUUGAGUCUCCUGCAAAUGUUGAUGCCGCAAAGAUGCAACGGGAAAAUUAUGCCGAGUUCAAAAAACGAGUGGCUGCUUGCGUACGCAAAAGUCAAGAGGAGUGA